UUCAUUCCCUCCCCCCCCCCCUCAGCAAAUCGCAGGCCGAAUGCCAAAGAUGUUCGUUCCGACCAGUUCCAAGUUUUCUAGGAAAAAAUGAAUACCGCAGCAUGUUGUGAUUUUUGUGGAGCUGCUAAUAAUCUCUUGCGCUGUGCUAGAUGUAAACUUGUGUACUACUGUUCGAAAGACCAUCAGUUAAAACACUGGAAAAAACACAAAGUGGUGUGCAAGGAACACAUCGCCGAUGACAGACUUGACAAGGACAUCAGUUCAUCUGACCCAACAAGCUGUGCCGCUAGUCAAAGUGUUGGAUCUGAAAGUGGAGCUCUAGUUAAAUCUAAACAAACUGUUACCAGUGAUGCGGAAACACUGAAAUGGGCGCAGGAGUGGGGAGCUCAGGGUGCUAGCACCAUAACCUAUGAGGGCAGUUCAGAGAGUGAAAUUCUGAACGCCCGAACCGAGACCCUUAGUCCUGCUCUGGAGUACAGUGAUGCAGAUCUUGACAUGUCUUUGCAGAAGCCAACUCUGUACCCACCCGGCCACGGCUUUGGGCUCAAAGACUUUUCCGAGAUAAGCCUGGCUGGUGACAGACCAUUUCCGCCUUUCCUUCACCGAAGUAAAAGAGAUGAAGAGGGUAUCAUUGAAGAGCCAUGUGGAGAGCAGGAAGUGAUUGAUGAGAUGUGCAGGAUUGUCAUUAGAGACAUGGACCAGUUUGGUGUUUGUGUGGUAGAUAAUUUCCUUGGGUACAAGCGAGGAAUGUCUGUGCUCCAAGAAGUCACUGGAAUGUACACAAAGGGUGUCUUCAAAGAUGGUCAACUAGUCAGCAAAAAGGUCAAAAAUGAUCUUAAAACUAUUAGAGGUGAUCAGAUUACUUGGAUUGAUGGCAAAGAUGAAUCAUGCAAGAAUAUAGGUCUGUUAAUUAGCCAAGUAGAUGCUAUCAUAUUACGUGCAAACAAAAUGGCUAAUAAUGGAAAAAUAGGAAACUACACUAUCAAUGGGAGGACUAAGGCAAUGGUGGCAUGUUAUCCUGGCCAUGGAACUCACUAUGUUAAACAUGUUGACAAUCCCAAUAAAGAUGGACGCUGCAUCACAGCUAUUUACUACCUGAAUAGAGAUUGGAAUAUUCAGCAAAAUGGUGGAUUAUUGCGCAUAUUUCCUGAGGGCUGGCAAGACAAAGUGGCAGAUAUUGAGCCCUUCUUCGAUCGAAUUCUCUUCUUCUGGUCAGAUCGACGAAACCCACAUGAAGUGCAGCCAGCUUUUAAGACGAGAUAUGCCAUUACUCUAUGGUACUUUGAUGCCUCAGAAAGACAAGAAGCCUGUAGAAGACACAAAACUGAAAUGGAGGCCCAAGCAUCUGAGUCAAAUAAUAUAGUGAACAAAACUUCUUCUGGAGAAAGUUGACCACAUUUCUGUGUUGACUUUUCAUUUGAGAUUCUUUGUUUUGUUUUGACUGUUGUAACUGUCAGGCUUGUUACCAAUUAUGUUGAGGACUCAGUUGCGUAGUGCAGCUCAACAUUGGUAAUUUUGAACAUGUUCCAUUUCCUUAAGGACUUUGAUUUGUUUAAGAGAGUACCUUCAUUCCUUCUCCUCAAAAUGUUCCCAUGCUUUGCUUUAUUUCUGCAGUGCACCAUGUGUCUUGAGCAUCUUACUGUGAUUUCUAUUUUAAUUAAGUUAUAGCUCUGUUCAAGAGUUGUUUCUUGUUUCUUUCUUGUUUGUCUAGUUCAUCUUAAUGCUAUGGUUGUAAUUAUCAGUGGCAAAAGAAUGGAUCUGUGAGUGAGACUCAAAACUGAUUGCCUCAUAGACAGACUACAUGCAUGGUCUAUUGUUAAAGCCCUGCCUUUUGCUACUGAUGGUAACAGUCUAACCCUUACCUGUCUGUGACCCAUCUAACGUGAAGUUUCUCAAAUUCCAUGUUAUUUUCGUGCUUACAGCAACUUUCCCCCAAGGUUUUAAGUGGUUCAUACUGUAUUUACUACCCUGUAUUUACAAAAUUUCUUAAAAAAAAAACCAUUAAAUUUUUAUGUGGCGUGUG